ACUGGAGACCCUGCUUAUGACUGUGGACCCUCUCAACGAAAUAGUGGACUACGUUGCUCUUGACAUUUAAAAUGUAUGCACUAUAUACAUAUGUGAGCACUUUUGGAUAUGGCAAUCCCCUUCAGAUACGUGUUAUUAAUGAUUAGAUCAACGACAAUUUUCUGGCCCAGUGUGAAAAUCUUUGCAUCCGAUGAAUCACGGCGACAGUUGAAUUGGUCUUCUUAUCGCUUAGCAUCCGCAGUUAUCAGGCGUACGAUUAUGUACACACGUUUUGUAAACAUAAACAAACACUAAGAAGCUUCUGCCAGCUACUGGCUAUUGGCGAAAUCUUGGUUGGCAUUGCGGCAUCACUUGCCGGCGACAGCAAGUAAGAAGUGAAAAAGCAACGUUCAUAAUUAAGGCAAUUGUGGCAAUUGUGUUCCGAUGACAGAACGCUACAGACUCAUUUGAGUUUUUCUACUAUACUAUAAAAUCGGACGGACUGUUAAACGAUAUUAAACGCGCUAAGGAAGCAGUUGAGAAGCGUGAGCGCAUUGGAACGGUUGUACGAGCGAACGAUCAUAGGGCUUACAUCCCACUAGUAUACGCUUUUACAGCGGAGUGAAGUGAAGAGCAAAAAAUCAUAAGCAGAUGUGUCUGCCAAAGAAUUUGAAUGGUUCCACGAUCCAGAAAAUCGCAACAGCUGUCGGUAACAUACUAUGCUUGAACUUUGGCAUCAUGCUAGGCAUCACGCCAGCGCAUAUUAGACUCUACAUGGGCGAACAGACCCCCUUGAACCGCGUCGCCGACGAAAUUGAAGCAACUUGGAUCAUGAGUAGUAUUUUCGCCAGCGCUGCUUUGAGCUCAGUCGUAUGCGGUUUCAUUGUGGGGAAAAUUGGACCCAAAGCGGUGCUUCUUCUCAGCGGUCUUCUGCAAAUCUCCAGUUGGUUUUGUAUGCAUUUCGCAUUUGACAUCUUACAUAUCUAUUCGUCCCGCAUUAUGGCUGGAAUGGCUGCUGGCGCCACCCUCACAGCGUUACCUAUAUUCAUAGCGGAGAUAUCGGAGGAUAACAGUAGCGGUGCCCUGAUUACAACUAUCGAACAGUGGCGCACAAUGGGCACACUUUUCGGUUUUCUGCUUGGCCAGCAUUUGCAAUACGAUUAUGUGGCGGUGGUGGCUGUUUGUAUUUCCUGUGCCUUCACCAUUAUGUUCCCGUUUAGUCAGGAGAGCCCGUACUUCUACAUGCGAAAGGGUGAUGUGACCAGGCUGGAGAAGUCUUUGCGCUGGUUUCGGGGUGUGCGCAGUAUUGACGAUCGCGACCGACCUGAGUUCUUACGUGAAUUGGAAGAUUUCAAGAGCAACAUGGAGAAUCAUUUCAUAGCACAAGAGCACGUGUCUCGUGCGUAUUUGUGUAAGGCCACGCUCUGUACGCUGGUGUUGUUUGUGGGUGUGCAUUUGAGUGGUAUCUACGUGAUACUAGCCUGGUCGGAUCUGAUAUUUAUAGAUGACGUUUUCGUUCAGUUUCCCACGGACGUAAGUGCUUCGAUUUUCGCUCUCGUACAGUUUGUGGCAGCUACAAUGAGCGUGUGGCUCGCACCAAUAACGAGGAGAAGAAUUCUCUUAUUUAUUUCGGCAUUGAUCUGUGGCUUUGCGUCGAUUUGUUUGGCAGUUUGCAUAGCGUUAGAAGUGAAGGAACAAUUGCGAUGGGUCGCCUCCGUGUUGUUGCUGCUUCAUGUGUUUUUUGCUAGCUUGGGCUUAUACCCGUUAAUAUUCCUGCUCCCUCGUGAAAUGCUGGCCACGAAGUUGCGCAUUACCUUAACGAGUGUUUCUUGGGGCAUCUCAUGGCUAAUGACUUUUAUUUUGAUACAGUAUUUCCAGUCUUUUGAAUCGACAAUCGGACUCAAUGGAUUUUUCAUCAUCUUUGGUGUUGGUUGUGUCAGCGUUGCGCUCUUAGCUCUAUUCGCGCUGCCGGAGACGCUAGGAAAAUCACUCGAAGAAGUACAAAAUAAGUGGGGGCUCGAGCGUGAGGCGGGGAUUUCGAAAAACAACGUGCCACAACGUGGACAAAUCCAUUUAGCGCGUUACUAAGGUACUUAUACCAAUCAUAAUCCAAGAAAUGUUUGUAUGUUAGAAAUACAUACUAUGUAAAUCUAUGUGUGCAUAUAUUUUUUUAAGAAAAAAUAAAAAUUCUGUGUAAACAUUUUAAAGAAACAAUCUCUUUGGCGGACAGGCUUAAAAUUCUAAUAAAAA